AUGGAGGUUUUGGUUUUAGUGAACAUGGUCGCGGGCUUCCAACGACGACACCUCGAGAAGGAGAAGUGGUGGCAGCAGAAGGAUGAUGUUAUUGGUGAGCAAAGUGUGGUUGAUGAGAAUGGAGAGAAAGAAGAGCAAAAAGAGGAUGAGGAAGUCACAAGAAAAGGUAAAAAGGUUAUGAAGCCUCUUCCUUAUCCUAAGACUCAUUCUAGAAAAGAGAAAGAGAAACAAUUCUCAAGGUUUAUGGAUAUCUUCAAGAAAUUGGAGAUUAGCAUUCCUUUCUCUGAGGCUCUUCAACAAAUGCCUUCAUAUGCAAGAUUUAUGAAGGAUUUGCUCACCAAGAAGAGGAAAUACAUUGAAGAGGAAACAAUAGAAGUCCAAGGUAAUUGUAGUGCAAUCAUCCAAAAACUUCUACCACCUAAAUUUAAAGAUCCAGGCAGUUUCACUAUUUCAUGCACCAUUGGCAAAUUACCUAUUGGAAAGGCUUUGAUUGACUUGGGAGCAAGUAUCAAUCUGAUGCCUCUUUCCAUGUUAAGGAGAAUUGGUGAUUUGUAG